AUGGUCUUAAAGGUGAGCACUCCCAGGGCCCUUCAUGUGCUGGCUGUGGACAGGAUCCUGCUGCAGCCCCCCAAGCCCUGGCUUGCUCUGGACAAGUCCCUUCCAAGAAUUGGACCACAAGGCCCUCCUGGACCACCAGGACCCCCUGGACCAUCUGGCAAGGACGGCAUCGAUGGAGAGCCAGGCCCUCCUGGUUUGCCAGGCCCACCAGGGCCAAAAGGUGCACCAGGGAAGCCUGGAGCUGCAGGUGAAGCUGGAUUGCCUGGCCUUCCUGGAGUGGAUGGUUUAACAGGAACUGAUGGCCCCCCUGGCCCAAAUGGGCCUCCAGGAGACCGUGGUGCAUUAGGACCUGCUGGGCCACCUGGACCAGCUGGCAAAGGACUACCAGGACCUCCAGGGCCUCCAGGACCCAGUGGGCUCCCAGGGGGACAAGGAUUUCGGGGCCCUUCUGGACCUUUUGGUCUGCCAGGAUUCCCAGGGCCUCCUGGACCACCUGGGCCUCCUGGUCUUCCAGGUGCCCUUCCUGAUGGCGGUGGGGACCUUCAGUGCCCAGCUCUGUGCCCACCAGGUCCCCCAGGCCCCCCAGGAAUGCCAGGCUUCAAGGGACACACUGGUCACAAAGGGGAGCCUGGAGAAGUAGGAAAACAAGGAGAAAAGGGUAACCCUGGCCCUCCCGGCCCUCCAGGGAUUCCCGGAGGUGUUGGCCUGCAGGGCCCAAGAGGACUGAGAGGCCUCCCUGGUCCAAUGGGUCCAGCUGGCGACAGAGGUGACAUUGGAUUCAGGGGCCCUCCUGGAAUCCCAGGACCUCCAGGGAAAGCUGGAGACCAAGGGAGCAAAGGACCUCAGGGAUUCCGGGGGCCCAAAGGUGACACUGGUAAACCUGGACCAAAAGGAAACCCAGGGGCUCGUGGGCUCAUAGGAGAACCUGGAAUGCCUGGCAAGGACGGGCGGGAUGGAGAUCCUGGACUCGAUGGUGAGAAGGGUGACGCAGCUCCCAUGGGGGCUCCUGGAGAGAAGGGGCCAAAUGGACUUCCUGGUCUGCCUGGAAGAGCAGGUAUUAAAGGCUCAAAGGGUGAACCAGGCAGCCCUGGAGAGAUGGGAGAGGCAGGUCCCUCUGGAGAGCCAGGCAUCCCUGGCGAUGUUGGCAUCCCUGGUGAGAGAGGUCUGCCAGGACCCAGAGGAGCAACUGGACCACUCGGCCUCCAAGGUCCCAUAGGAGCCCGUGGUGUCCGAGGUUUCCAGGGGCCCAAAGGUGCCAGCGGUGAGCCUGGCCUUCCUGGCCCGACUGGGAUCCGGGGAGAGACAGGAGACAGGGGUCCUCUUGGUGCUCCAGGUCCCAAGGGGAACCAGGGCAUUGCUGGAGCAGAUGGCCUCCCAGGUGACAAAGGAGAGCUGGGUCCCUUUGGACCUCCUGGCCAAAAAGGAGAGCCAGGAAAAAGAGGAGAACUUGGUCCAAAAGGUGUCCAAGGACCUAAUGGGACAGCUGGAGCACCAGGGAUCCCAGGACAUCCAGGACCCAUGGGUCACCAGGGGGAGAGGGGUGUCCCUGGCAUCACAGGAAAACCUGGACCCCCUGGCAAAGAGGCCAGUGAACAACAUAUCAGAGAACUCUGUGGGGAAAUGAUAAAUGAGCAAAUUGCACUGUUGGCUGCUAACCUGAGGAAGCCCUUGGCUCCUGGAAUGACGGGACGGCCUGGCCCAGCUGGGCCCCCAGGCCCUCCCGGGAGCACGGGGAGCCUUGGGCAUCCUGGGCCUCGUGGGCCCCCUGGCUACAGAGGGCCAACAGGAGAGCUUGGUGACCCCGGACCCAGAGGUGACCCUGGUGAAAAGGGAGACAAAGGACCUGUGGGCCAAGGCAUCGAUGGGCCUGAUGGUGACCAAGGGCUGCAGGGACCACCUGGUGUGCCUGGAAUUACUAAAAACGGCCGUGAUGGUGCUCAGGGUGAACCCGGGCUGCCAGGGGAUCCUGGGACUCCUGGCACUGUUGGGGCUCAGGGAACUCCAGGAAUAUGUGACACGUCGGCUUGCAUGGGAGCUGUUGCAGCAUCAACUUCCAAAAAAUCAUAAACCAACAGUACAAGAAGUGAAGAAGUGACUGAAUAUUUAAAUAAACAGUGCAUUGUAAGAAAACAGAAUCCUUCUAGUGCUAAAAGGACAGAUGCUCCUUCUAUUCUAUUAAGUGGAGACUUUGACACAGUUCUAUGAAAAAGAAAGCAUCAGAUGAAAACUUUAAUUAAAAGAUGCUUUAUGACUAUCUUUUCCUCCCCCCAAUUAUUUCCCAGAAUUUUUACUGCUAAACAACCUCACCUUUCCUUCCUCCCUUUGCUCAAGAGACCUGCAAGAGGAAGCAUUGCUCCUUUUUACCAUCACCCCCCCUGUACUAAAGAUCACGACUUUUUGCUAAGAAAGUUUGAGCCUUUUUCAUUGAAUUCCUUGGUGCUGCUCCCACUGACUUCAGUCCUGCAGGUUUGUGCUCUCAGACACGUUGUUAAGACCCUCAGGCACCGAGCUGCCUCUUCCAUCAGUGGAAAUCAGGCAUUUCAAUAUCCUAUAUUUUAACAUCUGAACCUUCUGGCCUAAGGAAUGACCAUUGCUUAAGUCUGUGCUGCCAGCUAGAAAUUUUCAGAUUGCACCUCAAAUAUUUGCCAAGACUAGUAAACAGUAAUCCUCUUGCAAGCAAAUUCUGCAAAAGGAAUAAUGUAAAUAUUUUAAUUUCCAGGGAAGAAUUUUUGCAUAUUUCCAUAUGAUAACGAAGGAAAUGAAGUAACAGCAUUUUCAUGACCUCUACUUCAGCUAUUUGCACAGUAAUUGUGAUGGAACCCCACCUAAGAAAGGAUGCUCUUUUAAAGUCCAGCCAAAACCACCUGUAUGAACUGUUGUAAAAAUAAAAGAAGAUUUUUUUUUAA